UGUGCACGGACUUAGAUUCAAUGCCGGUCGUGCUUGAGGUCAAGUGAAACGGAUCUCUCAACACAAAAGGAGCUUUAAUCCGAACCAUUGACCGUUUUAACAGUUGACAAAGAUGGCAAAGAAAAAGAGACUUCGCCUUAUAGCCGAGAUGGCACGCAAAAUUCGGGCAUAUCGUGAGCUCAAGUCCAGACCACGGGAUUCCCAGAAGUAUGACCUAGACUACGAGACGAUGAAGCGUCCUCUCACCGGGAAAAGGCUGCCCGUCAUGGCGUGGCAGGACGUGCGCAGGGAGAGCAGGCUGUUUUCAUUAUUAGCAAGCAUGAAACUGUUUGGUGUAGGGCGCCUGUUCACUCGCAAGUCCUGGAUAGAAGAUCACCCUGAACCAUGCUUCUGGGAGAUCACUAAAGUCAAAGUGGACUACACAGCAGAGAACAUGGAUCAUGGCAAGGCAUGGGGGAUUCUUAGCUUCAAAGGAAAAAAGGAGACUGAGGUUAAAGAGAUUGACAAGGUGAUGUACCACGACUGGAGGCUGAUCCCCAAACACUUGGAGCAUGAGUUCACAGACUUCCAGCCUCUCCCUUCUCCUCCCCAGCGCUCCGUCCCAUACCCUCCCCUUCUCCGUGCCAUGAUCUUGGCCCAACAGAAGAAAAAUGGUGCUGUGUUUGAGGAGCCUGCCCUGCACCUGCAAAGAACUGUUACAUUUAACAAAAACUAUUUUAAAAUGAAGGAACAAGAACGGCAGAACAGCGAAGGAACACCUGUAUGAUUGUGUCUUUCACAUUUGGACAUUUUAAGAAAUGACAUGUCUCCUCUUAAAGGUACACUAUGUAAUCUUUCGGAUGGAGUGUCUGCCACCUGCUUGUCUUAGUAGGAAUGUUACUGCGUUGUAUGGAGAGCAUUGAGUGUACAGAAUUAAACAUCUAUUUUGCAUUACUUUGUUAGCAGGUGUUUUUAGUACCCAAAGACGCAUUAAAUGUCAUGCAUUCUUAUUGUGAGUUCACACAGCACAGAUCAGACCUGUAAGUUACCUUGAUGGCUUCAUCUACUUGUCUUCAUUGAAAUAAGUUGCCAUACUGUGGAAUAUUCUAGGCAAAGCAAUAACCUCUCCAUAAAGACAAGCAGGUGGUGCCCUCCAACAGAAGAGUUACAUGAUGCACCUUUAAGGCAAAUUUAUUUGCAUAGCACAAUUCGUACACAAGGUAAUUCAAAGUGCUUUACAGAAUAAGAAAGACAUUAAAAUCGCAAUACAACAAAUCAAAACAUAAAUAACCACAAAUAAUCAGCAUAAAAUUAACAUUAAAGGAGAAAUGUGCAGAAUAAAAACCUUUAUAAAAACCUUUCAAUCAUAUACACAGCUAAACAGAACUGUUUUGAGCCUGGAUUUAAACAUUUAAUUUAUGCUCUAAAUCCUCUGUAUAGGCACUUGCAUUUGUGAACAGCUUAAAGUGUUUUUAAACAGAAUAAAUAACCUAUAUAGUUAAAUAAUACUGCCAAACAUAAUGGUUUUUAUUAAUGGGUUAUGAGCAUGAAUAAGUAUGUGUGUAUUAUCUAUUAAAAUGUAAUGAAAUGUGUUGUCCUUGUUUGUUUGUUUUUUUAUUUCAUUUAUUUAUUUUUUUAUUUGUAUUUUUUUUGCUAAGCAGUAGAGUAGACCAUGAAAAUGGCAAAUCACCAAUAAAAUUAAAGGGAAAAAUAAAUUGUUUUAUUU